AGCAAAUCCAAAAGGAUCCUCCAAAAAAAAAAAGAAGAUUCCUUUAUUUUAUCAUUCUCGAUUGACUUGAAAAUUGGUUGUUGUUGCAAAGCCUAAGGGUAAAAGACUUUAAUGAUAUCAAGUAUAUGAAUUAAGAAUUAAAUGAUUAAAAUUUGAAAUAUUUCAGAUGCAGCGAAUCAUUAAUUAUAACAACAGUCUGGUUGGAUAGUAAUGGUAGAAAACUAAAAUAGGCAUAUUUUUGAGAGACCAAAUCUUUUAUGGUUUAACUAUUGAAACAGAAAUGAAAAUCUCUCUCUAUAGUUAAGAGAAAUCUAGGAGUUAUUAUUCAAGGAAGAUGGCAAUUCAGAGAAGAUUGAGUAGAAUUGAUGUUCUUUCAUCAAGAAGUUUAAUGUUAGAUUGCUAGUUGUAAAUUGGUGCUAAUUGGUGUUGGAGAUCUGAUGAUGUAUUACUCAAUCAAUUCAUGGAGGCAUUCAUUGAAUUGGUACCAAAAAGCGAUUAUUAAUAAUUCUAAUUGAGUCUAGAAAGAAAUGACAACUGUAAUAUAUUUAAAUUUUCAAAUGUAAAUAAAUUAAAGUCCUAUACCUCAAGAGAAGCUAAGUUUUCUUAACACUCUCUUAGACAAAGAGCUGGAUAUGCUCAAAUGUAAUAAUGUCCCAAGCUAUCUACAAAAAACCUAACCUUCAUCUUAUUUCGAAUAGGAAUCAAUACAGCAAUCUAGUAUCAGAGCCUUGAGUAAUAAUCCUACCUCGUAAACUAAACGCACAACUAAUGGAGAUUUGAAUGAGAUCCAAGAUAAAAUUGUCACUAUUGAAGCAAGAAUUCAAAAAAAUAUUGAAAAGCAAAUUCAGCCAAAUCAAUUAGUGUAAUAAUAAGAGUUUAAGGAUUCAGAUGAGGAAACACCUUUAAAGAAUAAAUACAAUCACAUUUAAUCAUCACACAAAAAAUAGAUAAAAUUCACAGAACAAGAACAGUCAACUAAAACUCUCAAUAAAUCUUCAUUUCACGAGGAGAGGAAGAACAAAUUCUAAUAGUUAGAAAAGAACAUUGAAAGUGCAGAAAACAAAUUGUCUCAAUCGAAAGCAUAGAGAAAGUCUAUGAGUCAAGUCAAAUCGAAAAGCAAGGAAAAAUCUUAGACUUCACUACAGAGAGGGACUAGUAGUCAACAACAAGAUGUCUAAUCUUUGCAAAUUAAACUGUCAUAACUAAGAAAAUAAUGGGAGGAUGACAGGGCUUAAUUAAUUAAGGAGAAACAAAAGAAUUAAUAAAUGCAAUAAUAAAUAGAUCAAUUAAACAAAAAAUUAAAGAAGGCUUUAUAAUAAAAUGAAAAAUAUGGUUAAAUUGAAUAAGAACAAUAGAGAUUACAGGAGAAUUUCGAGAAAAGCGAAUUUAUCAGAUAAUAAUAGAAAUAAUUAAUACAAACUUUGAAAUUGGAAAUUGAGGAAUUAAAAUCAAACAAUAAUAACAACAACACCAAUAAUAACAAUAAUAAUAAGAGUAAAUAAAAAAAAAGAGGAUUAGAAGACAAUAGCAACAAAUACUUAAAUAAAUGA